AUGUCUGACGGGGACCCCUCUCUGGAAGAAGAUAUACCGAAACCGUUACUGGAAAGAGUUGAAGAGAAUGUGUUCACCCCAAAGAUAACAACUCCGAUUUUCGCCGGGAGUGUGAAGCUGCAUCAUAAACCUUCAGACGUUAGUGAGACGGAGUCGUUUUUGUCUGACGCUCAACGCAAUGAUCUCGCGUUCCAACAGUUGUUCAACGAUGGAGAUGGAGACUUUCACGAAACGGAGAAGACGGCCCAGGAGCGGAUGGCUGACCUCCAGGCAAUGUCGGUGCUCAGCACGUACCAGGAUAAUCUGUCGCACGAUAUGAACACCGACCGGGACAAUGAGAGCGAGGCGUCAACCAGAGCUGCUGAGGAACCAGUCUGUAGUGGCCUCGGCAUGACGAACGAUGUGGCCAACAAUAAUGGCAAAACUACAGCAAAUCAUUGCUCGAUAGUCAUGGGUGGUAUCAUGAACAACCCGUCUCUAACCUUCAAGGAUGGAGUUCGUUCCGUGGACUUUGUCCUUGUAUGGGAGGCUAACAAGGAUGACGCGGUCACGCCCGAGGCUUACGAGAGGAGGAAGAUCUUCGAACAGAAUCUGGAGACGGAAGGACUACAACUAGAAAUGGAGGCGCCUGAAGAUUUGUACGGACUGCAUUUCGUUAAGAUUCACGCACCACUUUCGGUACUUAGAGAUUACAGCGAGAUACUAAAACUAAGGAUGCCAAUGAAGGAAUGCAGUAAGAUAAGAAAAGGUGGCCGAGCGAAUACUAUACUGAACGCUGCCAUGUAUUUAUCGAAGUUUUCAGCGUUGAAGAACGUCCACGACAAGACGAACAGUCUGAUAGAUCGCGUCGAGGACUGCUGGGACCGCUUCAUGUCCAAGAUAAGAGUUGACCCGGUCAUGUUCCCGGAAAGAAGACAUCGCCUCACCGCCAUAUACUCCAAGGAUAAGGAAUACCUGUUCGACUCCUCGUCUCCGUGUUUCUGGACGCCCUCCAUCCGUUCCCGUAUAGUCCAGUUUAUUCUGGACAGAAAGAAGUUCUCUCACUCGGAAGCAGACUACUUCGCGUUCGGCAUCACGAGGCUCAUUAAUGAGAACACUUAUAGUGCUGCCUACCCAUUACAUGAUGGUGAUCUCAAAACGCCGGGCUCAAUGCGCCACCUUCUGUACACCGAGUGGGCGAGCGUGUCCAAGUGUAUCAAAUAUCAGCCGUUAGAUUACGUCAAGGAUUACUUUGGAGUUAAAAUAGGUCUAUACUUUGCGUGGCUCGGUUUCUACACGCACAUGUUGAUCCCGGCGGCGCUGGUGGGUCUCAUCUGCGUCAUCUACUCCGCGGCCACUGUCUACUCUAACAAACCGAGUGAGGACGUGUGUAACUACAACUCGACGGUGCUGAUGUGCCCUCAGUGUGAUUACUUCUGCGAGUACUGGGACCUGCGAGCGACCUGUCUACACUCCAGGAUAACGUACCUCUUUGAUAACCCCACCACUGUGUUCUUUGCUAUAUUCAUGAGCUUUUGGGGCGCGUGUUUCCUUGAGAUGUGGAAGCGUUACUCGGCGGAGAUGACCCACCGCUGGGACCUCACCGGCUUCGACGUGUACGAGGAACACCCGCGGCCGCAGUACCUGGCCAGACUAGCUCACGUCAAGAAUAAGAGGUUGAACGUGGUGACCGGUAUAGAGGAGCCGCAGGUGCCGUUCUGGCGCAUGCGCCUGCCGGCCACGCUGAUGUCGUUCAGUGUGGUAGCGUCGCUGGUGCUGGUGGCCAUCGCCACGGUGCUGGCGGUGGUGUUAUACAGGAUGUCCUUACUAGGAGCCAACAUACUCAGGAGACAGGACAACGGCCUCAUAGCAUACAGCCCUAUAAUGUUCACGACUGCCACGGCCGCCUGUAUUAAUCUGUUCUUCAUAUGUAUAUUCAAUUAUGUAUACCAAUACUUGGCUGAAUGGCUGACAGAGAAGGAGCUUUUGCGGACUCAGACGGAGUUUGACGACUCGCUGACCUUGAAGAUCUACCUGCUUCAGUUCGUUAACUACUACGCCUCUAUAUUCUACAUCGCCUUCUUUAAGGGCAAGUUCGUGGGUCGCCCCGGGGAUUACGUGAGGUUCUUUGGUCACAGACAGGAAGAGUGUUCGCCCGGCGGCUGUUUGCUAGAGUUGUCUAUCCAGCUGGCUAUCAUCAUGGUGGGCAAGCAGUUCAUCAACACCAUCGUGGAGAUGCUCAUGCCUUACUUACUCAAGUGGUGGGGCGUCAUACGAGCUAUUGGCAGGAAGAAGAGAAUAAAAAGUCCCAUGCAGUGGGUGAAAGACUUCAAGCUAGUGGACUUUGGGAAUAUGGGACUGUUUCCUGAGUAUUUGGAGAUGGUUCUCCAGUACGGGUUCGUGACGAUCUUCGUGGCAGCGUUUCCCCUGGCGCCGCUGUUCGCUCUGUUGAACAACGUGUUGGAGAUGCGCCUGGACGCGCGCAAGUUCCUGUCCUGCUACCGCCGGCCCGUGCCGCAGAGAGUCACCGAUAUAGGAGUGUGGUUCCGUAUACUCGACUCCAUUGGGAAACUCAGCAUCAUCACUAAUGGUUUCAUAAUAGCGUUUACGUCUGAGUUCAUCCCGCGGCUGGUGUAUCAGUUCACGUACGGCACCCUCGACCAGUACGUCAACCACACGCUCACGGACUUCAACGUGUCCGUGCUGGAGAUACCGCCCCGGAACACGACCUACAAGGGAGACACCUGCAGUUACCCCGGCUACUGGUACAACAAGGAAGGUGAUGACUACGCUCACUCCAACUGGUACUGGCACGUCAUGGGUGCACGGUUAGCAUUCGUCGUCGUUUUUGAGAACGUGGUGGCGCUAGUGAUGAUAAUCGUCCGCUGGGCCAUCCCGGACAUGUCGGGCGAGCUGCGGGACCGCAUCCGGCGCGAGGCCUACGUCAUCAACACCAUCAUCAUGGAGGAGACCCGCGCUCGCACCGCCCGCACGCCGCAGCCCGCGCGCCUCCACCCGCCCGGCCGCGGGACAGAAGAGGAAACUGAAUCAAAUUGGAAACACAUAGCAUCACUAUCGGGUUCAGACUUCGACCUGGCGGCUCAUGGAGAUCUCAACGUGAGAGAUACGACGUCUGUUGAUGAUUGA